AUGAAAUUUCCAAUCGAGACUCCAAGAAAACAGGUCAACUGGGAUCCUCAAGUGGCUGUACCCUCACCAGUGCCAGCUUGUGAACCAGAGCCCAAAACUAACGGGCAUUACCCAGCUCCACGACUCUCCAUUUCCUCCCGAGCCACUGUCGUUGCUACCAUGGAAGCCCCUUCUCAAGGCCUGCAGACAGUCAUGAAGUGGAAAACAGUGGUGGCCAUCUUUGUCGUGGUGGUAGUUUACCUGGUGACAGGAGGACUUGUCUUCCGUGCCCUGGAGCAGCCCUUCGAAAGCAGGCAGAAGAACACAAUCGCGCUAGAGAAGGCUGACUUUCUUCGGGAGCAUGUUUGUGUAACCCAGCUAGAGCUGGAGACACUGAUUCAGCAUGCUAUUGAUGCUGAUAAUGCAGGAGUCAGUCCCAUAGGAAAUUCCUCUAACAACAGCAGUCAUUGGGACCUCGGAAGUGCCUUUUUCUUUGCUGGAACAGUCAUCACAACAAUAGGAUAUGGGAACAUUGCCCCAAGCACUGUUGGAGGCAAGGUUUUCUGCAUCUUGUAUGCCAUCUUUGGCAUUCCACUGUUUGGCUUCUUGCUGGCUGGGAUUGGAGACCAACUUGGAACCAUCUUUGGGAAGGGUAUCGCAAGGGUGGAAAAAGUUUUCAGAAAAAAGCAAGUGAGUCAAACAAAGAUCCGGGUGAUCUCUACCAUCCUCUUCAUCCUGGCAGGCUGCAUUGUCUUUGUGACGAUUCCUGCAGUUAUCUUCAAACACAUCGAGGGAUGGACAGCCUUGGAGUCCAUCUACUUUGUGGUUGUCACUCUGACUACUGUUGGCUUCGGUGACUUUGUAGCAGGAGGAAAUGCUGACAUCCAUUACCGGGAGUGGUAUAAACCCUUAGUGUGGUUCUGGAUCCUUGUUGGCCUUGCUUAUUUUGCUGCUGUCCUGAGUAUGAUUGGAGACUGGUUAAGAGUCCUGUCCAAGAAGACAAAAGAAGAGGUUGGAGAAAUAAAAGCCCACGCAGCAGAGUGGAAAGCGAAUGUGACGGCUGAGUUCAGAGAGACACGGAGGCGGCUCAGCGUGGAGAUCCACGACAAACUUCAGCGGGCAGCCACCAUCCGGAGCAUGGAGCGCAGGCGCCUGGGCCUGGACCAGCGAGCCCACUCCUUAGACAUGCUCUCUCCAGAGAAGCGUUCUGUCUUUACUGCCUUGGAAACAGGACGCUUCAAGGCCUCAUCUCAGGAAAGCAUCAACAACAGGCCUAACAACCUGCGCCUUAAAGGGUCAGAUCAGCUCAACAAACAUGGGCAGGGGGCAUCUGAGGACAACAUCAUUAACAAGUUUGGAUCGUCUGCUAAGAUGACCAAAAGGAAAAACAAAGACCUCAAAAAGACCAUCCCUGAGGAUGUGCGUAAAAUUUACGAGACCUUCCGAAACUACUCCUUGGAUGAAGAAAAAAAGGAAGAGGAGACGGAGAAGAUGUGUAAUUCUGAGAACUCUUCUAGCACUGCAGUCCUGACCAACUGCAUCCAGCAGCACUCAGACCUGGAGAAUGGAAUGAUCCCCAAUGAAACCAAAGAAAGGGAACAUGAAAACAAAGCGUUACUUGAAGACAGAAAUUAAAUGUAAAAGAUGCUUGACUUGAAUUAACAAUGUUAGUGUUUUUAUAUACAUAUAUAUAUUGAGACACGUGCCUUAUACAGACUCCUUAUUCAGUCUGAAUUAUAUAGCAUCGAAGAAUAUUUCACUGUGCCAUAAAGACUCAAGCUUGCUCUGCCAAAACAAACCAGGAACACAGCACUGCAGAAUGGCAACAGAAAGCUGCACGCAUGGAAAUUUCAGCCUGUAUAAGAUUACCAGGGCAAGACACAAAGGAAGAGAUUGAACCAUGGCAAUAUCACCAGAGUGCUCCUACCAUGGCAUAAUAUUAGACAAAGGGCAGCUAUGUAAAAAGAGCCUUUGAAAGGGAUGAAAAGGAGUGUAUCUUUGUAAUGGAGUAUGCAUCCAUAAAGCCUUCCCCUGGUGAUUAAAAAGAGGAGAAAUGAUUGGAGUGAACUAGAAACUUUCAGUAAGGCUUAGUUUA